AACCUAUGACCUAUCCAAACAUUCACACAAUAACUAACCAAAUUGUUCUAGAACCAAAAAUUCCAAUCGAAUGGCUUCUACUUCUUUUUUUUUUCUCUCAACUUCAAUUACCGGCUCCAAAUUUUCCGCCGGUACGCCACUAACACCACCGAGCUCCGUCAGCUUCCGGCAGCAGCGAUCGUUCUCUGUUUCCGCCGCUUACUCCACCGCCGAAAGGACUACAGCUAGCUCUAACAUCGCCUCACAGUCAUCGUUGUAUGAAGUUCUAGGACUUCAAGCUGGUGCUACUACUCAUGAAAUUAAGUCUGCUUACCGGAGAUUAGCCAGAAUUUUGCAUCCCGAUGUCGUCCGAUUUCAGCAGAAUUCGUCAGCAGCUGACUUUAUUAGAGUUCAAUCAGCUUAUGCUACUCUCUCCGAUCCAGAGAAACGUGCCAAAUAUGAUCGGACACUAUUUGGGAAUAGAUUUGGACGAUCUGUCGGAGUAUCGUCGGCGGGAGCUCGUAGCCAUUACACUACUCGCCGGAAGUGGGAAACCGAACAAUGUUGGUAGCUUUUUUGCUUCGAACGGUUCAUUAUGGAUUUUAACACUCCGUCGGAACUCCCCGGCCCGAUUAAUUUUGGUCUCGUGAUUUGGUUUUGGUCAAAAUCAACCAUUACCAUUUCAUGGGUAGAGCUGAAGAAGCUGAAAGUACCAUGAUCAGACGCAUUAGUAUUUUGAUUAUUUGAUAGGGUACUAGUAGCAUUUGUACGGUAUAUAUAAAAAAGAAUGUGUAAAUUACUAAUUUUGUUGUGUUCUUCGGGUAUAAGAUACUCCGUGCUAUCUUGAAAAUGAAGUUUAUUUCCAGAAAUAUGAUCUUCUGGCAAAACUGAGUUAUGAAUAGGUUAUAGGUUAAAUUUAUUAGUCUAGAACAAUGUUUUUCUGUCUUUUUGUCGUAUGAAUCUGAACUUUGUCUUGUUCAAAAAGAA